AUGCUGUGUGACCGAGUGAGUGGGGGCAGUAUCAUGCUGUGUGACCGAGUGAGUGGGGGCAGUAUCAUGCUGUGUGACCGAGUGAGUGGGGGUAGUAUCAUGCUGUGUGACCGAGUGAGUGGGGGCAGUAUCAUGCUGUGUGACCGAGUGAGUGGGGGCAGUAUCAGGCUGUGUGACCGAGUGAGUGGGGGCAGUAUCAUGCUGUGUGACCGAGUGAGUGGGGGCAGUAUCAUGCUGUGUGACCGAGUGAGUGGAGGCAGUAUCAUGCUGUGUGACCGAGCGCGACGUCUCAUUACCCUGGUGGACGCCUUCUACGACCACAAGGUCCGUGUGGUGAUCCUGGCAGAUUGUCCUCUGGAGGAAAUGUUUGUCGAUGACGGAGAUCAGAAUCACGACGAGAGCCACGUCCUGAUGGACGACCUGGGACUGAAGCGGGACGAGGCCAGUGUUCUGUCCAUCUUCAGUGCGGAGGAGGAGAAGUUUGCGUUCCAGAGGACUCUGUCUCGUCUCACAGAGAUGCAGACACUGGACUACUGGACCCAAGGAGACCGCUCCAACCAAUCAGCACAUGGUUUGGAUCAGCUCCUCCUUUAUAAAGAGAUUAAGAUGAAGAGGGUCCAGCAGGGGUCAGUGUUGGACACUGAGAACUGGACCGGGCCCUCUUGGCAGAGCCCCGAGUCCUGGAGCAUGGAGCCCCCCCCUUCAGAGCAGGACUUCGACCCGGACUUCGAGCCCCAGAAGCGCCCGCGGUCCUGCACCUGGCCUCUGCCGCGGCCCGAGUCCAACCAACCAGGAAGCGCCGAGAACCAGGUGAUCCCAGAGGAGGAGGACGACCCGGGCCCAGGGGCGGGACAUCCGGAGGCCAGGGGGGCAGGCUCCUCUGGCUCCGCCCCCUCUGCUGGCCCCGCCCCCUCCUCACAGCUGCGUAAACCGUGCGCUCGGAGGAACGCGUGGGGGAACCUGUCGUACGCAGACCUGAUCACGCAGGCCAUCGAGACCAGUGCGGACCAGAGACUCACGCUGGCCCAGAUCUACGACUGGAUGGUCCAACAUGUCCCCUACUUUCAGGACAAGGGGGACACUAACAGCUCUGCGGGGUGGAAGAACUCGAUUCGUCACAACCUGUCGCUGCACAGCCGCUUCCUCAAGGUGCAGAACGAAGGCUCGGGAAAGAGCUCCUGGUGGAUGUUGAACCCGGACGGAGGAAAAGGCGGGAAAGCUCCUCGCCGUCGCGCUGUCUCCAUGGACAACAGCAAACACAUGAAAGGCGCCCGAGUCCGGGCCACAAAGAAGAAGGCGUCUGUGCAGGCGGACGGCAGCUCGGGCAGCCCCACCUCCCGCAGCAGCGACGAACUGGACGCCUGGACCGACUUUCGCUCCAGAACCGACUCCAACGCCAGCUCCCUCAGCGGCCGGCUCUCCCCCAUUCUGGCCAAUCUGGACCCAGACUCCAGCCCGAGCAUGUCUCCCUGCCCCUCGGGCCUCUCUGACCUCCCCCUGAGCCUCAGCCACGGCCUGGCUGACGACCUCAUGGACCACCUUCUGGAUAACAUUAGUUUGACGGCGUCGCAGCAGCCGCCUCCCGGGGAAGACGAGCUCGGCCCCAACGGACAAGUCUUCACGUUCCCGUGUGGGAGUCCCUCCAGUGGCUACGGGGCCUUGUUCAGCCCGAGCCCCCUCAGUCUGAGGGCAUCUCCCAUGCAGACCAUUCAGGAGAACAAGCCCGCGUCCUUUUCCCCUCUUUUCAGCGAGGUUUUACAGGACGUGCUGACGUCUCUGGACUCCCCUGCUAGCGUCAUGCUAACGCAGUCUGAUCCGCUGAUGUCCCAGGCCAGCAGCGGCGUGGCGAUGCAGGGUUCCCGUCGGAACGCUGCAUCGCUCCGUAAAGAGCCGGUGGCCACAGCGCGGCUCACGGUCUCCGCUCACAUCCAGGAGCUGGAGCUGUUCGACCACUGCGACAUGGACGCCAUCGUCCGGAACGAGCUCAUGGACGCAGACUGUCUGGACCUCAGCUUUGACUCCUGUAAGAACAGCUCGAGCUGA